GGCACCGAGCAUCCACGGCGAUGACCAGAACCCGUCCGCCAGCUUCCCCGAGCUGCCUCAGUCUCUGAACCAGGCCGCGGAGGAGCAGGACGACAGCGACCCACCGCAGACCCUCGGUGGUGCCGCGUAAGAGGACGACAACAUCUAACUACCUUAUCCCCACGACAACUACAUGGAGGAGAGUACAAACAAUAGUGUAUAUUGGGCUGCCUGGCGGUCAUCAGGGCUGUCACCGAGGGUCUCGGCCGGCGGCUGCGGCCAGCAAAUGUCACGCGCAGAUGCAGCACCACGCUCCAGGUGGAGAUGCAGGGGGAAGAAUCCACCGAAAGCCCGCCGACGUCUAUCCUGCAGGUAUUUCCCGACGUCCCACGUGAAGUCUACGUCUUCACCGUGCUAUUGGGAGACCCGGAGAGCGCCUAAGAAGAUCUUGAGGAGAACGCCACUGGCGUACCUCAGACCGGGGUAGCGGUGGACAGCGUCGACGCCCCCCAGCCAGAUGAAGACGAUGAAGUGCCUCAGAUCGUCGACGCUCCCCAGCCGGAGAAGAUGUCGAGAGGAGCAGGAUAACACCACCGGUCCAGUGAACGCUGGUGAAGUAGAGGGCGUCCCUGUCCAGCCGUUGAGGUCGGACCGGACUAUAUCGACCCAAAUGUGGUGGAGCUUGAGGAACCACCUGAGCCCAUCGGAGACGUCGAGAUGGAGACGCCGAAAUUCGCUCUGCGCCGUGGUGAUGACCCGGACUUUAACCCCAUACCUCCAUUCACCAACAUCUUCGAGGUGCCUCUGAACGAUGAGAAUGCCGCACUUGUGGGGGACCUAGUCGGCGCAUUCUUGCUUGGAGUACUUGUCGAAGUGGGGCAGGACAUCGUCAAUCCUCCACACUAUGACGAAGACGAGUUGGAAGAGGUCUUUGUACGCCGGUUCGUACCUGUACACGCCAUUCAGGUCUACACAAACCCCCAUGUGGAGCCACCAGAGAACGAGGCCCCGAGCAUCCACGGCGAUAAACCGGACCCGUCCGCCAGCUUCCCCGAGCUGCCUCAGCCCCUGAACCAGGCCGCGGAGGAGCAGGACGACAGCGACCCACCGGAGACCCUCGGUGGUGCCGCGUAAGAGGACGACAACUUCGAACUACCAUAGCCCCAUGACAACUACAUGGAGGAGAGUACAAACAAUAGUGUAUAUUGGUGGGUCCUGCUACU